UCGGCGUUAAUUGAUGCUAUGAAGGAUAUUCCAACUAACGGCUAUGCUGAAGUAAACGACAAAAAUGGAGUUGAAAAGGACAAAAAGGAAGAAUAUGAAGAAGUGGACGCGAUCCAAGAGGCUAUGGGGGCGAUGGGACGAUGGCAAAUCCUUGUUUGCAUCGCUAUUUCCCUGGUGAAAUUUCCUGUGGCAUGGCAUCAGCUGGCCAUUGUAUUUAUGGCGCCGCACACCCAGCAAUUUAAUUGCACAAGUCCAGCAAAUAUGCAUACAUCAGCCAAAGAUCAGUGCAUUGUAAAUGUAAAUGGUAGUCAUGUCGAGUGUCAGUCUUGGGAGUUUGACAGAAGUAUAUUUCCCGAAACGAUAAUCUCUCAGUGGAAUUUGGUUUGUAAUCGGUCCCAUUAUGCAAACAUUCAACAGUCGAUACUCAUGUUUGGAAUACUGUUGGGGAAUAUAACUUUUGGCAGUUUAGCAGACAGAUUUGGCAGAAAAAUUCCAUUGAUGAUAUCGGUGAUACUUCAACUGGUAUCAGGAAUCGGUUGUGCAAUAGUACCGUGGUUUCCAGCCCUCCUGUUCUUGAAAUUAUUGGCAGCGAUGGCUACCGGAGGGACGAUGGUUACGAGUUAUGUAAUAUGUAUGGAAAUAGUCGGUACCAAAUGGCGAGCAGCUAUAACAGUACUCUAUCAAAUACCUUUCAGUUUGGGACACAUGUCAUUAGCUGGAAUAGCAUACUUGUUCCGUCACUGGCAGCAUUUGCAAUUAGCCAUAUCAUUGCCGUCAAUAAUACUGUUAACAAUAUUUUUCAACUGGGCUGUAUGUGGAAUGGGACUUUUUGGGAUGACGCAGUACAUCGGACAGGUCGGCGGUGACAUAUUUGUUAAUUUUGCGGUGUCAGGUGCCACUCAAAUCCCUGAUUUAGCAUGGCUACGACUCAUACUCGCAUGUUUUGGUAUUGUUGGGAUGUCAGUAUCGUUCACAACAGUGUAUUUAUUUUCCGGUGAAUUGUUCCCAACUGUUGUAAGAAAUAUUGGAGUAGGAACGAGUAGUAUGUGUGCAAGAAUAGGAUCAAUGGUUGCGCCAUUUGUUGUGUCAUUGAGUUUAGUUAGAGGAUUUUUACCGCCGUUGAUUUUUGGCACAUUCCCAUUGAUUGGCGCAGUCUUGGCAUUAUUUUUGCCUGAAACCAACGGAUGCCAAUUACCGGAAACUCUUCAGGACGGUGAAGAUUUUGGAAAAAAAAUAAAGAAAAGUUUAAAAGUGAAAGAAUCUGAAGCUGAAAUAGCGCUUUGA